AUGGAGCACCGGCAUGGUCGCAUUGGCCGAGAGUAUUAUUCGUGCCCGACAGCUCAAGCCCGAACCUCGCCGCACCACCGUGACAGGCGACUGGGAAGCCACGCACACGGACUCCACCUCACUAAUGGGAAGAGGCCGCACUGGUCCGCUUCCGCAGCGGGGUUUCGCACAAAUACGGAUGGCUGCUGCGGCCACUGCAACUCGCCAUCCCGAGCAAAUGCCGUCGCUGCGUCCCGGAUGCCCCACCGCAGGCACGCAAAGAACUUCGCACGGAAACUUCUUAGCCUCCCGCUGGACACCACCCCGACACGAUCCGACGCCCCGGCAUACCGCCCGGUGUGCGGCAAGCACUGCAGCUGCCGCGUGAGUGUCGUGACGCACGGGUUCAACUCCAGUGGCGUUGCGCGCUCCCUGGCGCUGUGGAAAGUCAAUUUUCCCAGUGAACCGGAAUAG